GCGGGGCCUACCUACCCCUCGCCUAAACCAAAAUAUAUCAAACAUUUGUGAAAGUAUUGGAAGUUCGACUGUAGCCAAAAUGAAGACCUUUUCAGCUGUAUUAUUAUGUAUGGGCACACUCUCCCUCGCCGCGGCAGCGCCCGUCGCCCGCGACAGCUCCCAAAUCGAAUAUGAAUACGACUACGAUCACUCAGCGCAGCAACAGCAGCAACCAGCCCAGGAACCUCAAGAGUCAGCCAGCCACUACGACGCAUACAUACAGGACGUUAAAGCAGCAGCCAGCGGCGGCAACGGCGGCAAGAAGGGCUUCAGUCAGGGCAGUGGCCUUAGAACCAUCGCUCAGGGAUCAGCCAACCAAGCUAAAACUGCCCUAGGAAACCAGGCCGCCGCUGGUUACCAAGCUGCGUACGUCGCUAAGAACACCCUAGCCCAAUCUGCUGCCCAAGCCAGUGCGACUGCUCAGGCAGCUUUAGCCGGUAAACAGGUGAUCCUGUCGGGCUUGGAGCAGCAGGUCAGAGAUGCGAAAGUCGGACUUCAGGGUGAAGAGAUGCAGCUGCAGCAGGCUAAGAGAGCGGCUCAGGCUGCCGCGAACGCUGCCCAGCAAGCUAUGCACCAGGUGAACGUAAUCCAAGCCGCCUUGAAUGCUGCGCAAGCGACAUCAGAGAACGCCAACGAGGCCGCCUCCCAGGCUGCAGGUGAGCUUGGAGCGCAGACCGCCAUGGUGGGAGCCGCCAGACAGAGGCUGCACGCUCUCCAGGAGCAGCUCCAUGGAGUCAGGAUCGACUUCGAGGCUACUCAGGCGGCGGCGAGAAAGGCUCAGGCGGCAGCGCAGCAAGCCCAGGCUAACGCAGCUGCUGCAGCAGCAAAGGCAGCAGCCGCCGGCCUCGGGGGACAGAAGGACUCGUCUCACGAAGGUACGGCGCCCGAGCAGUACCAGGCGGCUCCUCAAAGCCAGGAACAGGGCAGUCAGGAGCAGUACUAUCAGCUACAGUCGGACUACCACCACUAGUAACAUUAAGGUUUUAGGUGUCUAAGUUCUGGGGUUCGUUUAACAUCGUUGGUUUGUUGAUUUUUGUUGGUAGGUACACCUAUGAUCCUUUUCUUUUGCUUAUUCCAUUUGAUUUUCUUUCUGUUCUUCUUCAUUAGUUGCAUUUAAAAGUUCAUGUUCGUAAUGUUCCAUUUCAAAAUCCAUACCUUCAUUAUCAUUGAAAUCAAUUUCGAAUUUCCCUUCCUUCCCUAUUGUCUAUAUAUCGCUUCAUUCCAUUUCAAUUCCUUCUCCUUCGUCAAUCUAUCUAGAUAAAUUACCUAUUGCCACAUAAAAUCAACAAAACGAAAAUGUUUGAGGAUCCCAGAACUAAAGUUAAUACGUUAUUAUUAGCAUAGGAUACUUUAGCAUUAAAAUAUUUAUUUCACCACUUUGCAUAUCCUAUUCUAAUAUUAACACCAAGUAGAUUUACUUCUACUAAGAUGUAAAUAAAUAUGUUUUUUAUAGUUAGGAGUGCUUCAAGAUCGAGUUUUAUGUGAUAUCUGUUAUGUUUUCUUACUAUUUUUUACUUUUAUACAAGAGGUCCCAAGUGUUCUCGGUUUUGUAUAUGUGUAAUAUGAUGGUUACACUACAAAAAAUGUUAGAGGUAAUAAUGCCGGAUGGCGAACGAACCUUGUAACAGUGCAACGCAACAGAGCAACAAUACUAUCUUAUUCUCUCUCUACAGUUACUGCAACAUGCUGCGUAUCAUGUUGCUUGUUACGUUGCAUGUUACGCUACAGUUUCCUUUGAUACUAACAUACAAAAUUAAGUGCGAUGUCUCAAAGCCAUAGAGUGUCGACAGAAAAUGUGGAAAAUAAAAUAUUGUUUUUGUUAUUUCUGUUCUUUCAAUAAUCUUGACUGAUGACUAUCUGACUGUGACUUCUGACUACUUUACUUGA